UUGUUUUCUACAAAGGGCAUGGGAUAAUGGAAACCGUUAAUACUCCUCUGUUUCAUCGCCACUACAUCAACUCCUGCUCCCAAGCUCUUCUGUAUCAUCUCAAUUCGUUUCCUUCUUUCUCUAUCCAAAUGCCUUGAUUUCAGCCUUUCAAUCAGGAAGACAUGGGUGCCAUUUUAUUGCCUGAUGCAGCAUUAGGAUUUCUUCCACGCCAUUCUGUUGUUUCCUCCGGCAAGCAUCACAGCCAUGUCUCAAACUCAUGUCUCAAGUCGCAUCCUAUAAUCUAUAGAAAUACUGGUAGUAGGAAAAGGAAACUUUUGUACACAAAUAAUUGGCUGUAUAAAUCAAGAUCAGUUGUUUUCUCAAGCAGGGCGGAUCAUAGUGAAACAUUCUCAGAUGCUGAUGGUGGGGAUAGUUAUCUAUUAGAGGGGAGUGAAGCAUUGGAGAUUGAUGAAGAUGAACUAGUGGCAGCUAGGAAAGCUCUUACUGAGGCCUGUGCCAGACAAGAAGCUAUUGAGAAAGAGAGAGAUCGAUUAAUGGAAGAGUUGGUCCAAUCUGAGGCUAAACAGAAAGAAUAUGUGGCUACCUUGAUGCAUGACAAGGAACUGGCCAUUGCCGAACUUCAGGCAGUGAAAUCCCUUUUCCAUCAGAAGCUGCAGGAUACCGUAGAAGAGAAGUCCACCUUGGAGUCUAAGUUGGUUCUUGCCAAGCAAGAUGCUGUUGAACUUGCUGUACAAGUAGAAAAGUUAGCAGAGAUUGCCAUUCAUCAGGCCACUGCUCACAUUCUGGAAGAUGCGCAACUCAGGGUUUCAGCAGCUGAGACUUCUGCUGCUCAAGCUGUUUAUCAGAUUGAAGAUCAAAUAAGGAAUACUGCUGAACGUACCAUAUUGGCCGUAGUGGAACAAUCUAAAAUUGCUAUAGAUAAAGCUUUGGUUGUAGCAGAAAGAGCUGGUGACUAUGCAACAAAAUCUGUUGCAGCAUUUACUGAUGCUACAAGUCCAGCUGAUGAGAUUGCUGCAAUUCAAUCACAGAAUAUUGAAUUACAAAAUGCCACAAAUAACUUAGAGUCUCAAUUAUUGCUUACAAGAAGUGAGAUUGAUAAGUUGAAGUUGGAGCUGGAACAAGCCCAUGCAAAAGCAAAUGCAUCUGAACUCCGAGCUAAUGCUGCAGAGAAAGCAUUGCUUGAAUUUCAGGAGUCAAUGAAGGAGCAAAAUCUUCAGCAGCAGGAAGAAAUGAAAAGAUUGCUGGAGAAAGUGAAGAAAGAUGCUGCAGAAAAAAAGAAGGCUGCUUCCAAGGCUUUUAAGCUUGAGCUGGAGAGCAUUAAGGCUGCCAUUGAAGCUGCUAAAGAAACAGCACAUUCAAAAGAUGAGGCCUACUCCAGAAGAUGUGAAGCGCUACACAGAUCAUUAAGGGCAUCUGAAGCUGCUUUGGCGAUGUGGAGACAGAGAGCAGAAAUGGCAGAGUCUCUUCUAUUGAAGGAAAAACCAUUUUCUGAAGGGGAUGAAGAUGCCAUUUUUGUGGUUAAUGGUGGAAGGAUUGAUCUUUUGACUGAUGAUGAUUCACAGAAAUUGAAACUACUGAGUGAUGGUCCUCGUAGAGAAUUACCUGAAUGGAUGGCAAGGAGCAUCCGGACCAUAUGUCCCAAGUUUCCUCCCAGAAAGGUUGAUGCAUCUGAAGCCAUGAAGUCCAAGUUUAUAUCUUUAGACUUGCCCAAACCAGAUGAAGUCUGGUCCAUUGCUACAGAAAAACCGAAGGAAGGGGAUACACUUAUUGAGCAUGUAAUUGAAAAAGAAAUAAUAGAGAAGAAAAGGAAGGCUUUAGAACGUGCUCUUCACCGAAAGACUAUACAGUGGCAGCAGACUCCAGAGGACACACAAUUAGAACCAGGAACUGGAACAGGUCGUGAGAUUGUGUUUCAAGGUUUCAAUUGGGAAAGCUGGAGGAGGCAGUGGUACCUGGAGUUAGCGCCUAAAGCUGCUGACUUAUCCCAAUGUGGGAUAACAGCAGUGUGGUUACCUCCGCCAACUGAAUCUGUUGCUCCCCAAGGUUAUAUGCCAUCUGAUCUGUACAACUUGAACUCAGCUUAUGGUACUAUGGAAGAGCUCAAGCAUUGUAUUGAUGAGAUGCAUACUCAAGAUCUUCUUGCCUUGGGAGACGUUGUAUUAAAUCACCGAUGUGCGCAUAAACAGAGUCCAAAUGGUGUCUGGAACAUUUUUGGUGGCAAACUUGCAUGGGGACCUGAAGCAAUUGUUUGUGAUGAUCCGAAUUUCCAGGGACGUGGAAAUCCUUCAAGUGGUGAUAUAUUCCAUGCAGCACCAAAUAUUGAUCAUUCACAGGAUUUUGUACGGAGAGAUAUAAAGGAGUGGUUAAACUGGCUCCGAAAUGAUAUUGGUUUUGAUGGGUGGCGCCUUGACUUUGUGAGAGGCUUCUCAGGUACAUAUGUGAAAGAAUAUAUAGAAGUUUCAAAUCCUGCAUUUGCUAUUGGAGAAUAUUGGGAUAGUUUGGCUUAUGAAGGCGGUGAUUUGUGUUACAACCAAGAUGCUCAUCGACAAAGGAUAAUUAACUGGAUCAAUGCCACAGAUGGUACUUCAUCAGCUUUUGAUGUCACAACAAAGGGGAUACUCCAUUAUGCUUUGCAUAAUCAAUAUUGGAGGUUGAUAGAUCCUCAAGGAAAACCAACAGGAGUAGUGGGAUGGUGGCCUUCACGCGCUGUCACAUUUUUGGAAAACCAUGAUACUGGGUCAACACAGGGUCAUUGGCCAUUUCCACGAGAUAAGCUUACACAGGGAUAUGCAUACAUUUUAACCCAUCCUGGAACGCCUGUAGUAUUUUAUGAUCAUUUCUAUGAUUUUGGCCUCCGAGAUGUCAUAACUGAGUUAAUUGAAGCCCGAAGAAGGGCUGGCAUUCAUUGCCGGAGUUCUGUGAAGAUAUACCACGCGAACAACGAAGGUUAUGUUGCAAGGAUCGAGGAUGCGCUGGUAAUGAAGAUUGGACAUUUUGAUUGGAACCCUUCAAAGGAAAAUGACUUGGACGGGAGCUGGCAAAAGUUUGUGGAUAAAGGAUCAGAGUAUCAGUUGUGGCUAAGACAAUAAGCUGAUCAUCCAUUACUUCAUUCUGUAAAAAUAGGCCCUUUCCAUUCCUUGUAUCAAUGCUAACAUUAUUAUUGAAUCCUCCAUGUUCUUGCGAGGACCUGCAUUUCUGGCAGCAUGUAGUCAUGGAUGUUAAAGCUAAUCAAAUUCAGACUUAGUUUCCAAGCUUACAACAA